ACAGUGCAGACGGGAGAUCGCUGCCUGGGCUUCGUGCUGUCUCUCUGCAUGCAGAGCAAAGCCCAACUGCACACCCCGACUUCUUUUACCACAGGUCUCAUCCCAGUUUAUGGAAAAAGGAGGAAAAAGUCAGAGUUUCGACUCAAAUUCCAUACAUAUGCGGCACUGUUGAUUUAUAUAACGAAGGAAAAUCAAAUGCCAGGGUUCAUCCAAGACCACAUCUGCCACUGCUCGCUGUUGGCGGCGUCGCAUCUAAGGACACCGGGGGCGUCAGUUUUUGCUGAUCUCUGCAUCUCUGCGUUGUUUUAGGCGGCGACCUGAGAGGGGGAAAGGGCGAAUCGCAAAGGGUGCACGCUUUUUGAAACCUAGUGCAACUUGUUGUGGGAACGGGGACUCGCCGCAUCGCCCCCCUCCCCUUCCCUAUCAGCAGCAUAACGCGGCGGCUGCGGGCAGUUGAUGGUGUUACUGCAUAGCAGCACCUGCAAUGUAUGGCUGGGAGCGGAGGCACUUGUGCUCCAUGCGUGCAUAACGCCGAGAUACGAGGCACGGCGGCUUUACCAUCUGCACUGAUGUUUUUCUGAGAAGGCGGCAUCCCCAGGGACCCUGCGAGCAUUACCGGGUUUACGUGAAGGUGAAGCUUGACCCAGGUGUCUUUUCUGUGUCGAGGUUGUUUUUUAUAAUCCGCUGAGGUCCCUGUGCUGGGCUCCGGCCUCACACCCCCCCCUCUCUGAGAUGACGGUGGCUACUGGGGACUCUGCAGAUGAGGCAGCAGCCCAUCCCGGUCAACCUCAGGACACCUACAACCCUGAGGCUGAUCACGAGUGCUGUGAGAGGGUUGUCAUCAACGUGUCGGGCCUGCGCUUCGAGACGCAGCUGAAAACUCUGUCCCAGUUCCCCGAAACCCUACUGGGGGACCCUAAGAAGAGGAUGCGCUACUUCGACCCCCUGAGGAACGAGUACUUCUUCGACAGGAACCGGCCCAGCUUCGAUGCCAUCCUCUACUACUACCAGUCAGGGGGCAGGCUGCGACGGCCCGUUAACGUCACGCUGGACAUCUUCUCGGAGGAGAUCCGCUUCUACGAGUUGGGCGAGGAGGCCAUUGAGAUUUUUCGUGAAGAUGAAGGAUUUAUCAAGGAAGAGGAGAAGCCGCUGCCUGACAACGAGUUUCAGAGACAGGUGUGGUUGCUGUUCGAGUAUCCCGAGAGCUCAGGCCCAGCCAGGAUUAUCGCUAUCAUAUCCGUGAUGGUCAUCCUUAUCUCUAUUGUCAGCUUCUGUCUGGAGACCCUGCCCGUUUUCCGCAAUGAGGAGGAGGAGAUGCACAAGGCCUACCAGCCCUUCUCCAACACCACCUCCGGCUAUCACACAACCUACUUCACUGACCCAUUCUUUAUUUUAGAGACGCUUUGUAUCAUCUGGUUCUCAUUUGAGUUCCUGGUACGUUUCUUUGCCUGCCCCAGCAAGGCGGGCUUCUUCGUCAACAUUAUGAACAUCAUUGACAUUGUAGCCAUCAUUCCCUAUUUCAUUACACUCGGAACUGAGCUGGCCGAGAAACCAGAGGAUGGUCAGCAAGGGCAGCAGGCUAUGUCCCUAGCUAUUCUCAGAGUCAUCAGGUUGGUCAGAGUUUUCCGAAUCUUCAAGCUGUCCCGACACUCUAAAGGGUUGCAGAUCUUAGGCCAGACCCUGAAAGCCAGCAUGCGUGAGCUAGGCCUGCUUAUCUUCUUCCUCUUCAUCGGAGUCAUACUCUUCUCCAGUGCUGUCUACUUUGCCGAGGCAGAUGAAGCAGACUCCCAGUUCAUCAGCAUCCCUGAUGCUUUUUGGUGGGCAGUUGUCUCUAUGACUACAGUUGGCUACGGUGAUAUGGUUCCCACCACCAUCGGAGGCAAGAUUGUGGGAUCCCUCUGUGCCAUCGCCGGCGUGCUGACCAUCGCACUGCCUGUGCCAGUCAUCGUCUCCAACUUCAAUUACUUCUACCAUCGUGAGACAGAAGGUGAAGAGCAGGCACAGUAUCUGCAGGUCACCAGUGUCCCAAAGAUGGAUUCCACCGAGGACCUGAAGAAGAGUCGAAGCGGCUCCAUGAUGAGCAAGUCUGACUACAUGGAGAUCCAGGAAGCGGUGAACAACAGCAGCGAGGACUUCCGGGAGGAGAACCUCAAGACGGCUAAUUGCACUCUGGCCAACACCAACUAUGUCAACAUCACAAAGAUGCUAACAGAUGUAUAACCACUCUGUUCAGUUACGUUGAUGGCAGGGGACUGGGAUCUGAGGAAAAUGGCGGGACCUUCCUGCUUUGUGUGGCUCAGGCCCCAGGUGGAUAUCGGAAGCCGGGAGCAGAAGAUCAGUAGAGCGGACCCUACUGUACACCCCACAAAAACCCUCCCCCUUCCUUAUUCUUCAUUCUGUCCAAACUGCCAGAAUAUUCUGCAUACUUCUUAUGGUGUCUGCAUGGAGUUAGUCUUUUCUAUGUGACUGUUAAGUAGAUCAUAUCCUGCUUGCAAUGGUAGCUAAACAAGUAGCUAAUUAGAGAAUUAAACUUACCACAUAAGGAUUCCACUCUCUGUCCUCCCCGCCCCCCAACCCCAAAUUCUGACCUCUCCUGUACUCUAUCCCAAGCCGCAUCUUCAUCAUCCCCUACCUUGCCCUCUGAGGCUGGUGGCGUUUUUUAUUCACUUCCAAAGAAUACUGUUACUGCCCUUCAUUUAACGACUCCCUUCACAUUUUUUGUGAAAAAUAUUGAGCGGAACAACCGGAAGGAAACAUAUAUCCCUCUUGAGGAUUUUUGCACAGGGAACUUCCGCUGCAGUGACUUGCUGCCCACCGAUUCUCUAAAGAAUGUGUGUUGCCCACGUUAUGGAACGGGCAAUCAAAAGCACCCACAGGGUGCUCGUCCAACAGGGAUGACUCACGGCGGCACUGGAAUAUAGCUGAAAACCUCGGCCCUGUUAUUUGUGUUUUUUAGUUUUUUUUUUACUGCAGUGUGUCUUCCGUUGAGGAAGUCAUGGAUGGAUGUCACGCCUCUUCUCUCACUGCAGAGAAAGGGUUUAAAGACUAGAGUGAAUGUCUCUCUCAUUUAUUUAUUUGUAUCUGCCGAUACACUUCCUGCAGCUGGUCCUUGACUGAACCUGUACUCCUUCCUCUCAUAGCCAAGGGUCCUCUAAGUAUGGUGGGCUACAGUGCCCACCGCCCCACCCCACCCCCCGACAGUAUGUCACAACCAAACACAAGGGAGCGAUAUGGCUAAAGAUAAAGGAGAACUUGCACAGAUUAGUUUAUAUUUCAGGCAGAUUGCCUGGCAUCCUGCUAAUGUUCUUUCACACCCCAAAUCACUACAUCCUGCACCAUGAACAUUGUCCUCAAGUCUUCCAUACAUCAUUUCAUAUAGAGCAUUAUAUUGUUUGAGGCUGCUGUUCUUAUAAUAUAGCAGACCUAUACCGCGUGUUGUAACAUCUUACGCUGUGACGCCACAGCUUAAGUAAGUUUCUGACUGACUUUUAGGUCGCCAAAGAUGGACUCACUGCCUUUUGACACAUGUCUGUCUUGGAUGAAAUGACCCAUCGAUGUUUGACUCAACCUCUGGCAGGAGUGGGUCUUGUGUCACCAGUGGAACCCUUUAAACUGACUUUAAACUCAUUUCUUGAAGAAAAGCAUCUUUCCAGUGCAUGACGUGACAUCCAUUGCAGCAUGCAUUUUCAUAUAAAUACCACUUAAGCUACAUAUAAAUAUUCGUAUCACCAUUAACUCUUUUUGUCUCUCAGGCCCUAACAUUAUGUGCAAUAUACUGUCUUUUUAUUGUUAGAUUUUUGCAACCUUUUUAUGUACUUUUUAUGCAUUUGUAGGUCACCUUUAGGAUCUUCCAAUGGAGAGGUUGUUCAUUUCACCAUGUCGGAUGGGAGUCAUGUGAUCUAAUGGGCGCUGUCAUGUAGGUCAUAUGAUCAUGAAGCCGAGCUGUCAGGAUCUGAGGUGUGAAAACAGGUUUCCCCUUUCCCACAAUGCAUCACCUGUGAGACCCCUGAAGCAUUGCAUCAUAUUGGCUGUGUGUCCACUUCUCACAGCCUUUCUCAUGCCUUUGACGUUAUGAAAAACCAAACAUGCUUGGUUCCCCAAUCUGUUGGUUCUUCUGCAUUUGUGAAUGUAUGUAUCACAUUCUGCUGAUAUGGCAUUGGGUUGUAUUUUCACUAAUCUCAUUCCAUUCCACGGAACCUUGGCUGUGCUGGGUUUCUGGUUUACUGAUCAUGAUUUAAUGUAUACUGAAUAAUACGUCCACAAUUUUACGUGCAAUACAGCCUCUUACCUACUGGUGCCCAUAAGGAACAAUCAUUACGUAGCACUUAGGACACGCAGAGCCAGCUUGUGGUUAUUUUUAGGGUACACGAUGGGUCAUAUUGGUGGUGCUUUUUGUUCUAGUUGAGUUUCCGUACCUCCUUUCUGCUGUCCCACCUCUUUUUGUAUUCAUGUUACGGAAGCACAACUGGACCAAGUCUGGGUCCGACCUAGAUAUCCAUGGAAGACCCCAAAGACCAAGGCGAACUAUGACAUGGACCAAUGAAUGCGAAAAGGAACAUACUGGCCAUUCCUAUCUUUAAAUAAAUAAGCUUUAUGGGUGGGACCUGUACCCAGAACUUAGUGCUGCUGUUGACUUUUUGAUACAGUUUCUGUAACUGCUCGACUGCAAUCUGGAUGCAUAUCGAAGAAUUCAUCCAUAAAUGGAGCGAGUUUAUCUUAGCCUGUAUAAGUAGUUGUAUAUACAGGUUAAGGACUUUGACCAUUGUUUAUCACGUGUUGCUUUUGUUGUCCGGGUGGUGCAGAAAUUGAGCUUUGUACAGCUUCUGCUAUGUACAGUAACACCCGUUGGUAAUGCACUCUUAGGUACCCUCCAUACCCUGGUAAUCCAGUAUAAAUAGCAAACACUAUAGUGGUUAGGUUUAGGUCGGCAUACUCUGGACAAAACAACAGAAGCUCUUGCAUGUGAACGUCACCAUGGAAGUUACUGUUAUCUAUGUUUCCUCGGCGAAAGAUGGAGACUCGGGCCUUUCCUGUUGCAGCAUCUGUUUCUUCCUCAGUUGGGAGCAGAUUGGAGGAGUGUGACUCCCCACUGCUUCUGAAGCUUCCUCAGAACAUUCCGGAGCAAGCAAUGGGCAGGGCCUUACAUGGACUGGCACCACCUCCCAUGCACAGUACUAGAUAGAGGAUGGUGCCUAGUUGUAUAUUUUACAAGCAGGAUCUUGUUUGUGUGACUGCGUGUAUGUAUGAGAGAGGAAUAAGGAUAUGCAUACUAAAAAUGUGUGUGUGUGUGUGUGUGUGUGAAACAGCUGCUGUUUUAUUCUGACUCUGUGGCAUGUAUGGUUUUCCUGAUGCUCCCAGGCAGUUCUUGCUUCGGGGGGGGGCACUGUUGACUUAGCAGUGCCAGGAUCAGUUAGGCCCGUCGCCCAAUGGGCCCGUCACCCAAACCUGCAGCUAAAGACUUUCACAGGUGACUCAAGAAAGCUACAUCCCCCAUGGAGAGCAAGUGCAGAGCCGGUCAACCGGUUUGUCCAUCAGAACCCAAGUUCGCGCUCACAUCGAGGAUCCCCCUGGAGACCCCCCCAGAUGAAGGUGACCUGACUUCCAAUAAUAUAUGUACAGAGCAGACUUCUUUUUUUCUAAAAUAAAGAAAAAAUAAAAAGAGAAGAAAUGAAUACGUUUACGCCACAUGUCUGAGGAUGUCACCCCGGAUAUGACUGCCGACGAUAUACUGCACAGGGACUACAGGAAACCCUAAAAGACGAUUGGAGAGACACUGGAGUCUAAAGUUAUCUAGUCCUUCCGAGUUAUAACUGUCAUAUGAAUAAUAUCAAUAACAAUGAUGAUGAUAAUAA